UUGAGGCUUGCUCCUGCAGUACUUUUAGGAGCAACCUUCGGGCUUGCAAAAGUUGUCCCGACGGAUCAGUUGGAAGGGGUUCUUUAAAGUCGUUGAAGAGUUUUUGCAAAUUCGACCUUGGCUUGAAGAAGGUUGUUUGAAUUGAGUCUUCCGUGGGAUCCGGAAUGAUGCCAUUCUUCUUCAGUAACAUGGUAAUAAGGGCUAGAUAUAGAAGGUUGGUCUUGUCAAAUGACUUUCCACGGGCAUACUGCAUCAUCCUCGACAAAAUAACAAAACCAAAGUUGAUGUCAGCACAAAAUUUGUCAAUGCAAAGAAGUAAUUUACCCAUCUCAUAUCCAAUGGUAGUCUCGUUGUUUGUGGGAAGAACGUUCAUUGCACAGAAACGAAACAGUCAUUGAAAUUUCAUGGUCAGUUCUGUUGCAGCCAAGCCCGAUCGUCCAAAAUCGUCGGAUUUCCAUGUCGAUAGCCGUAGUGCAACCUCUCUUCUGGAUUCUUGGAUCAAGGCAGAAGGAAAUACUUCUGGAUUGUCAGUCGGAAGUUUCAGCAGAUUGUUGAUCACUUGGGGGCUAAGCUCAAUCAUUUUUCCUCGCAUAUACGCUCUAUAGAACCAAGGACUUUCCUCAUAAAAAAGUUACAGUUACUGACAUUGUGACUCAUCGAUCUUCUGGAGAUCAAUCAAAUGAAGCAGGGAAGGAUGUUCAAAAAACCCUCAAAGAAACGCAAGAUGGUGGCCCUGAGGAUGAGAUUUCUGGAGAACAAGAGACUGAUCGCGCUGAGGAAGAAGACGUGGGAAAGGAACAAGAGGUUGUUGAACCUGAACCCCGUAAUGCUGAUGAAGAAGCCUAGUACAUUCUGAAGAAGUCCUGGAAUCUGAAAAACAGAUGAUCGAAGCGGUUGCUCCUCUCAUUCACCUUGAGGAAACCACGAUUACACAUGAAGGUGCCACUGCUGAUCCUUCUCUCUCUCAGAUGAAAGUCUCAAUACGAUUGAUAGAACUGUUGACAAACUCUUCUCUGAUCGAAUGGAACAUGAAAAUGUUGUGGUCACGCCGGCAUCACCUGAAGUGGAAACCAAGUCUGAUGAUUCCGACGAUGCUCAUCUUGCCCAACUGAAAAAACGCCAUACUGAAAAACAGAGUAAGAAAAGGAAAGUGUCUGCUGACUCUCCCGGUCCUUCAAGAAAAAGAAGCAAGCAAGUGAUUUCAAAGAAGAAACACAAGCCAAAGAAAUCAAAAUCUCGCAAGCAGAAAGUUACACCCCCAUUAGUCACGGCUGAAGAAGCGAUGGAUGUAACACAUUCUGACGAUGCUCCGGAGUUGUUCGAGUACGACAUUUUGGCCAAUCGGAAGUUGGUACCAGAGGCUCGUUUUACCGAUCCACUUCAUAAAGACGUUGGUUUUCUCACAUUCCUGAUGAUGAAAGGUCUGCGACACUGGGCAUUAUCACUCAAACGUUAUUGUCCGAAGCUAGUCAGAGAGUUCUAUGCAAAUCUCACACAAGAUGUUUUUGAUGAGGAAAGUCCUUGGUUCUAUAAAGCGUAUGUGCGAGGAAAAAUGAUUGAGCUUAGCCCCCAAGUGAUUAACAAUCUGCUGAAACUUCCGACUGACAAUCCAUAAGUAUUUUCUUCUGCCUUGAUCCAAGAAUCCAGAAGAGAGGUUGCAAUACGGCUGUCGGCAUGGAAAUCCGACGAUUUUUGGACGAUCGGGCUUGGCUGCAACAGAACUGACCAUGAAAUUUCAAUGACUGUUUCGUUUAUGUGCAAUGAACGUUCUUCCCACAAGCAACGGGACUAACAUUGGAUAUGAGAUAGGUAAAUUACUUCUUUGCAUUGAUAAAUUUUGUGUUGACAUCAACUUUGGUUUUGUUAUUCUGUCGAGGAUGAUGCAGUAUGUCCGUGGAAAGUCAUUUGACAAGACCAACCUCCCAUAUCCAGCCCUUAUUACCCUGUUACCGAAGAAGAAUGGCAUCCUUCCGGAUCCCACGGAAGACUCAAUUCAAACAACCUUCUUCAAGCCAAGGUCGAAUUUGCAGAAACUCUUCAACGACUUUAAAGAACCCCUUCCAGCUGAUCCGUCGGGACAACUCUUGCAAGCCCGAAGGUUGCUCCUAGAAGUACUGCAGGAGCAAGCCUCAAUUCGUUCCACCUUAGCAGAACAUCGGAAGAAGAUAAUUCGUGCUCUGCACCUUCACCUCAGAUUUGCCUCCGGCCCUGACGAGGAAGAGGAGAUCCCUGACUUUCUCUAAGCUUCCCAACCUUUUUUGGCAUCUGUCCACGCAAGGGGGAGAGAUGCAGGAGAGAAGGGGAAUGCUGCACCACCAAGAGAAGGGGAUACCAAGAAAGGGGAAGUUUUGUUUUUGAAUGCUUGUUGUUUGGUUAUCCACUGUCUGUUGUUGUUGUUGGACUUAUGGUUGCUGGAACCUUGGUGGACCUUAAUUCUGUUUUUGUAAAAACUGCAUGUAGCCUUAUUUGGAUCGAUGGACUGUAACCUAACCUUAACUUGUCUUUUAAUUAUGAAUUAAUUUGCUUGUGUGGGAGAUUAUCUCUGUGUGUGUGGUCACAUGUGCCAAAAAGGGAGAUAUUGUUAAAUUAAUCUCAAACCUCAACAUCUAUUUUUGGCACUAUGCCAAAAAUAGAUGUUGAUGUUUGAGAUUAACUUAACAAUUAGGAUAGAAAAUAGAUAUUUGAUACUACUUUAUCUACUUGGAAUUGGAAGUACUUUGAAUAUGGAAAUGAUUUUUUGUCUUAUUUGAAUAUUAAAGAGGAAUUGAUAUUUUAUAUUUUUACAAUUAAGUUGCGAAAUUUCAAAUAAAAGAUACUUAGCUCCGUCCAGUUAGUAAGUAUACAUAUUUCUAUUUUGGGACGUCCAAUUACAAAGUAACCAUUUUAUUAAAUACCCAUUUUUUUACAAAUAUUCCUAUUUUACAUCACAUCAUUACUUUUAUACCAAAAAAGUAAAGAUAAAAAUGUCAUUUUACUAUUUUUACCUACCCACUAUAAUUUAAAUACUAUUAUUUUUCAAAAGUAAUUGUAUACUUUUGGUUUGGACGGAGGGAGUAUGUGUUUAAUGUGUUUUUUUUUUUGUUUUUGAAAAAAAAAAAAAGAAUAUAAUGCUAAUAAAAGUUGAAAAGUACUAAUAAAAAAGGCUCAAGUAUUUUGUGGCAUUUGUUGCCCAAAACACAAUCUCUAGUUAAUUUGGAUUUGUUUGAUUAUGAUUUUAAAUAAACGUUGACGUAGUAUAUUUCUAAUAAAAAUAUAUUAUUAUUUACAAAAUAUCAAUUAAAUAAAAUUAAAAUCAAAUUCAUUCAUAGUUUGUUUUAGAUUCAAAUUUUUAAUUAGAAAUAAAUGUUACAUGGAAAAUUUAAAUAUAAAUAAAAAUAUUUUAUAAUAGAUUAUCUAUUAGUAUCAAUAUAAUAAGUGAGGAGGAAAAGACAAAAUAGCGUGGACCUUAAAAUUGACGAGACAAUAUUCGGCCAUGAUUACAUGAGAAAUUUUUUUGUAUAUAUAUAUAUAUAUAUUUCCUAAAGAAAUGUUUGUAUAUAAUAUUAAUAUGUGAGUGAUUCAAAUUCGAAGUUGUGGCAUUAUGGAGCCCGAUAUAUAUAUAUUAUUUAAAUUUAAUGUAACAAAAUUAAAAGUUAGAAUUCAUACAAUAAUAUCAAAAUCAUAGGAUUUCUUUUUUAUUUAUUUCAAAAUAAAAAAAAUGUUGUUUAAAUUAUGUAUUUUUCAAUAUAUAUUUUUGAAUAAAAUAUUAUAU